AUGGCCAAAGACAACUCCACUGUUCGUUGCUUCCAGGGCGUGCUUAUUUUUGGAAACGUGAUCAUUGGUAUGUGCGGCAUCGCCCUGACAGCAGAGUGCAUCUUCUUUGUAUCUGACCAACACAGCCUCUACCCGCUGCUUGAAGCCACUGACAGCGAUGACAUCUAUGGGGCUGCCUGGAUCGGCAUGUUUGUGGGCAUCUGCCUCUUCUGCCUGUCCGUUCUGGGCAUUGUAGGCAUCAUGAAGUCCAAUAGGAAAAUUCUUCUGGCGUACUUCAUUCUGAUGCUCAUAGUAUACGCGUUUGAGGUGGCAUCUUGUAUCACUGCUCGUCAAGAGAAAGAUAAGUUCACAGCCAACCUCUUCCUGAAGCAGAUGUUGGAGAGGUACCAAAACAACAGCCCUCCGAACAAUGAUGACAGGUGGAAAAACAAUGGAGUCACCAAAACCUGGGACAGGCUCAUGCUUCAGGACAAUUGCUGUGGUGUAAAUGGUCCGUCAGACUGGCAAAAAUAUACAUCUGCCUUCCGGGCUGAGAAUAGUGAUGCCGACUAUCCCUGGCCUCGUCAGUGCUGCGUUAUGAACAAUCUUAAAGAACCGCUCAACGUGGAGGCCUGCAAACUAGGAGUGCCCGGUUAUUAUCACAGUCAGGGCUGCUAUGAACUGAUUUCUGGACCAAUGGACCGACAUGCCUGGGGCGUUGCCUGGUUUGGAUUUGCCAUUCUCUGCUGGACCUUUUGGGUUCUCCUGGGUGCCAUGUUCUACUGGAGCAGAAUUGAAUAUUGA